UCGUGAGCAUAGACCAAGAGAAAUCUCUCAAGCCAUACUCUCUCUCCCUUUGCAUGUGGAUAUUCUCAUUUUGUUUGGAGAGAAAGAUAGGGAACUCUUGAAUCCCUGAUUGAGCACUAAAGACAGAGAGGAGAGUGAAGAGACGCCUCAUCUCCAUUUCUUCAUGACUUUCAGUCUUCUCUAUCACUUUUCUUUUUACAUGGUCUGCCUGCUCAAAGUUUGUCCAUGGCCUGCUGCAUACAGUUUAUAAAUUUUCAAAUGUUAGCUCUCAACAAGGCACAACGCACCACUACCUUUUGAGUAUCUCUUGAAUCUCUUACCCUUUUUCUUCUCUAAUAUAUAAAAAAGGAAUCAUUGUCACUAUAACAGCAGUUUCAAAGUCGUCUCUUUGGCUUUUUACAUCGAACUCCCAAGCAAUCUUUUUUCCGUCUCUUUCCUUGCAAAAAAAACACCUUUAAAAACCUCAUCAUCAACGUAAAAACCCGGAUAAAAAAAAAUCAUGGUUUGCUUUUCCGUCAUUUCCACGUUAACACUAGUUUUAUUUUCUUUCACUAUCUUCCAUCACUCUCUAGCCAGUUUUCUGUCUCAACCAAUUUCCGUUCACGAUCUGCCGUUAAAACCCGGUGACUACUCAUCCCCAAAUACGGUCCCCGCAUUUCCAGUUCAAACCCAAGCUCAAGUUUGCCGGCUAGACCUGUCAGCCGAGCUAUUCGGCGGCGUCAGCGACGCCUGUGGCCACAACCUGGACAGAAGCCGAUGCUGUCCCGUGUUGGCAGCUUGGCUCUUUGCAGCUCACGCCAGGUAUGCUUUGGAGGUCUCGGCUCCAGCUCCAGCCGAAUCGGAGCAGCCGGAGCAGCCAGAGCAGCCCAUGAGGCCGGAUGAUUCGCAGAAGUGUGUGAAUUCGUUGCAAAACGCUUUGUUAAGCAAGCGCGUGAGGAUUCCUCAACCAAACGCGAGUUGCGAUGCGAUUCUAUGUUUUUGUGGGAUAAGGCUGCAUCAGAUUAGUUCCUUGAGCUGCCCCGCUGCGUUUAAUGUUUCCGGUUUUCGAAACGCGACACCGACUGCUGCCGUGAAGAAUUUGGAGAGGAAUUGCGGGAACUCUUCUUAUGCUGGGUGUACCAAGUGUCUCGGUGCUCUUCAAAAGCUCAAAGGUGGAUAUAACAAGAACGGAACAGAAGACAGGAGCACCAGCGAGAGAGCUAGCAAGAUGUUCAACCGAGACUGUCAGCUCAUGGGGCUUACAUGGCUCCUUGCACGCAACAAAACGGCGUACAUACCCACCGUUUCAGCUGUACUACGGGCCAUAAUGUACAGUGCCCACCCUCACGAGUCCAAGUGCAGCCCAGAUCAAGAGAACAUGCCCUUAGCUGUUGAUUCUCUGCAGUUCGAGAAUGCCCAGUCGCCUGCACCGCCACCACUUUCGCGGGCAUCUUUUACGUUCCCGGUUUUGCCCCUUAUCGUUUUGGUUUCACUGUUUGGGUAGCUUAGGAGUGGUGAGUGGCACUGUGCUUGUCCCAAUUGCCUCUUACUAAUUUUUUUGUAGUUCUCGAGAUUGUCUGGGAUUCACGUGAAGCUAUUUAGAGGUAGCAGACAAUUGGAAACGGGCUAAUGAGGGGUUGUUUUUGUCUUUUUCCCACUGUAAAUUUCUGUUGGUUUUCGUAGUUGUUUGACACGAAGCAGCGGACGAGGACGAGGACGAGGAGCAGCUCUAUAUAAUAUAGUUACUCAUUUACCUUUGCCAGUUGUUAGUACCAUUUCACAA